CAGCGUGUAAGAAUACUCAUAUCCCACUUCCAUGACCCAACAUAAUUCUGCCUUCGCUCAACACCUACAAAAUGUCAGUCGAAACAAUCACCACUAUUUCCCCCAUCACCAAUAAGCCCGUGCUCACUCGCAAUGGCAUAUCGGCUUCCGACCUGGCUGCGCUUCCAACCGUUGCCACUGAAGCUUUCUUGAGCUUCCGUAAAACUUCUUUGGCAGAUAGACAAGCCAUUGUCAAGAAAGCGUUCAAGCUCCUGGAGUAUAAGCAAGAUGUUCUCGCAAAAGAACUCACGGAACAGAUGGGAAGGCCGAUUGCAUACACUGCCAAAGAAGUCACCACCGCUGUCAAGAGAGGAGAGUACCUUCUCAAGAUCAGCGAGGAGGCAUUGAAGGAUACAGACGGCGAGGCCGAGAAAGGGUUCAAACGUUUUAUCCGCAAAGUGCCAGUCGGUCCUGUUCUGAUUCUAUUUGCUUGGAACGUGAGUGUAGUAUCACGACUGUUCUCGGCUUGUCUAACUUCUCCAGUACCCCUAUCUAAUUUUGGUAAACUCCUUGAUUCCAGCACUCCUUGCCGGGAAUUCGGUCAUUCUGAAGCCCUCUCCACAAACGCCUACCAUCGUCGAACACAUUUUUUCAAUUUUCACGGAAGCUGGUCUACCUGAAAACGUUAUACAAUAUUUCCAUUGUGGUUCUCCGCUUAUCAUUGAGGCCAUCGUCAGAGAUCCCAAAGUUGCAUUAGUAUGCUUCACGGGAUCAGUAGCAGGUGGCCUGGCCGUUCAAACCGCCGCGGCGGAUCGAAUUGUGAACGUUGGACUAGAGCUUGGUGGCAAGGACCCCGCAUAUAUUAGAUCUGAUGUUGAUGUGGCAUGGGCAGCAGAGGAAAUUGUUGACGGUGCUGUGUUCAACUCGGGGCAAAGUUGUUGCAGUCUAGAACGUAUUUACGUUGACGAGAAGAUUCACGAUGCGUUUAUAGAAGCAGUACAAGCCGUUUUGAAGAACUACAAGCUCGGCGAUCCUUUCAAUAAAGAAACUCACGUUGGACCAGUCGUCUCCAAGCGAUCUAAGGAAGCGAUCGAGGCCCAUAUCAAAGAUGCUCUGGACAAGGGUGCCAAGGAUGCUACUCCUGAAAAUGCAUCCUUUGCUUCCCCUCCUCCAGAGGGAAAUUAUGUUAAGCCAACUUUGUUGACAAAUGUCGACCAUAAGAUGGUUGUCAUGACGGAGGAGACCUUUGGUCCUGUCAUCCCAGUCAUGAAAGUCAAUAGUGACGAAGAAGCCAUUCAGCUUAUGAACGAUAGCGAAUUUGGAUUAACCGCCUCUAUCUGGACUAAAGACACUAAAAAGGGAUCCGAGCUAGCGGAAUCGGUAGAUGCUGGAACGGUUUUCGUCAAUAGAUGCGAUUACCCAAGCCCGGUAAGCUUGUCCAGAUACGGCCUCUGGUCCAACUUGCGGGGAACGGCUACACGCUGAUCCCACUGUAACUUAUAUCUGCUAAUCUGUUUUGCAGGAUCUUGCAUGGACCGGGUGGAAAAAUUCCGGCAAAGGAGUCACUCUCAGUAAAUUCGGGUUUGACCAAUUCGUCAAGCUGAAGAACUUUCACGUCAAGGAUUAUCCCAAGUGA